AUAACACUGGCCAAGCAGGCCCGAUCAUUCAUUCGUUCCGGUCCCUUCUCGUUUCGGCAACAAACCGUCCUCCUCUGUGAACGCGAUCAUUCAUUCUCUCUCAAUAUAACAAAAUCCGGAAUCCAUUUUCGUUGAAAUGGCAAAUCCUCGCUCCUAUUAGAAAACCCCAACCCUAACCCUAUCCUAGAAUCUCUAAUGGCUGCUGUAUCAGUCGCUGCAGAAUGGCAGCUCCUCUACAACCGGUACUACCGCAAGCCCGAGAUCUACUCGAUGCAGUGGUCCCGCAUGGACCUCACCCGCCACCGCGUGGCCCCCGCUCCAUUCGCCGGCCCCAUUGCUGCCAUCCGCGACGACUCCAAGAUCGUCCAGCUCUACGCCGAGUCGGCCCGCCGCAAGCUCCACAUCUUCAAUUCCGCCGGCGUCCUCCUCUCCUCUGCCGUGUGGGAUCGCCCCGGCGGCCGCCUCGUUGGAAUGUCCUGGACCGACGAUCAGGCCCUGAUCUGCGUUGUCCAGGACGGGACCGUCUACCGCUACAACAUCCAUGCCGAGCUCCAAGAGCCCCACAUCUCCAUGGGAAAGGAAUGCUUCGAGCAGAACGUCGUUGAGUGCGUGUUCUGGGGCAACGGGAUGGUCUGCCUGACCGAAUCGAGUCAGCUCUUCUGUGUUCCCGAUUUCAAGAAUCCGAAGCCGUGCAAGCUUGCGGACCCUGGGCUGGACGAGUACCCGCUUUGUGUCGCUGUGAUCGAGCCACAGUACACGAUGUCGGGGAACGUGGAAGUGCUUCUUGCGGUGAAUGACUAUGUUUUGGUGGUUGAUGAGGAGGGGGUGCAGCAAACGGGGGUAGGGAUCGGUCCAUUGCAGAAGAUGGCGGUGUCAAGGAAUGGGAAGCUGCUUGCGUCUUUUACGCAUGAUGGACGGCUUCUGGUUAUAACCACCGACUUCUCAAAGAUCAUAUUCGAGUAUAAUUGCGAGUCGGCUCUACCUCCUGAACAGCUAGCUUGGUGCGGAAUGGAUAGCGUGCUACUUUAUUGGGAUGAAAUGCUUUUGAUGGUCGGUCCUUAUGGUGAUCCAGUACGCUAUCUGUAUGAUGAACCAAUAAUUAUCAUUCCUGAGUGUGAUGGAGUAAGGAUUCUUUCAAAUGCAAGUAUGGAAUUCCUACACCGGGUUCCUGAUUCCACGGUGUCUAUUUUUAAAAUUGGAAGCACGCUCCCUGCAGCUUUAUUAUAUGAUGCCUUAGAUCACUUUGACAGGCGCAGUGCCAAGGCAGAUGAAAAUUUGCGAUUGAUUCGCUCCUCCCUCCCUGAGGCAGUUGAAGCUUGUAUUGAUGCUGCAGGUCAUGAAUUUGACGUUUCACGCCAAAGGACACUACUAAGAGCUGCAAGCUAUGGCCAGGCUUUUUGCAGCCAGAUCCAACGGGAUCGCUUUCAAGAAACGUGCAAAACAUUGCGAGUGUUAAAUGCUGUGCGCAAUCAUGAGAUUGGUAUUCCUCUUAGUAUUCAGCAAUACAAGUUGCUUACAGCACCAGUUCUGAUUGGCCGUUUGAUUAAUGCUCACCAACACCUUCUGGCCCUUAGGAUCUCUGAGUACCUCAGCUUGAAUCAAGAGGUAGUUAUAAUGCACUGGGCAUGUGCUAAGAUUACAUCUUCAUUAUCCAUUCCUGAUGCUGCUCUCCUGGAAAUCUUGCAUGAUAAGCUGAAAUUGUGCAAAGGCAUAUCUUAUGCAGCAGUUGCUGCUCAUGCAGAUAACAGUGGCAGACGGAAAUUAGCUGCUAUGCUUGUUGAAUAUGAAUCACAUUCCUCCAAGCAGGUCCCUCUCUUGUUGAGCAUUGGAGAGGAAGACACUGCUUUGACAAAGGCAACUGAAAGUGGUGAUACGGACCUUGUUUACCUUGUUCUCUUUCAUGUCUGGCAUAAGAAGCUCCCUCCCCUGGAGUUUUUUGGGAUGAUACAAGCAAGACCUCUGGCCCGUGACUUAUUUAUAACAUAUGCACGGUGUUACAAGCACGAAUUUCUGAAGGACUUCUUUCUUUCAACAGGCCAGCUUCAGGAUGUUGCUUUCCUUUUGUGGAAAGAGUCAUGGGAACUAGGAAAGAAUCCAAUGGCGAGUAAGGGAUCUGCACUCCAGGGUCCACGUAUAAAACUCAUCGAGAAGGCUCAGCAUCUUUUCUCAGAGACCAAAGAACACGCAUUUGAGUCAAAGGCCGCUGAAGAACAUGCAAAAUUGCUGAGGCUGCAGCAUGAAUUAGAAGUGAGUACAAAACAGUCUAUAUUCGUGGAUUCAAGUAUCAGUGAUACAAUUCGUACCUGUAUUGUACUGGGCAAUCAUCGAGCUGCAAUGAAAGUGAGAGCAGAAUUCAAGGUUUCUGAGAAGAGAUGGUAUUGGCUCAAAGUAUUUGCAUUGGCUACAAUUAGAGACUGGGAUGCCCUAGAAAAAUUUUCGAAGGAGAAGAGACCGCCAAUUGGCUACAGGCCCUUUGUGGAGGCGUGCAUUGAUGCUGAUGAGAAAGGUGAGGCUCUCAAAUACAUUCCCAAACUUGCAGACCCCCGGGAAAGAGCUGAGUCAUUUGCUCGUAUCGGCAUGGCCAAGGAGGCUGCAGAUGCUGCAUCUCAGGCGAAGGACGGUGAAUUGCUUGGCCGUUUGAAGCUAACCUUUGCGCAAAAUGCAGCAGCCACAUCCAUUUUUGAUACCUUGCGAGAUCGGCUAUCCUUCCAAGGAGUUUCGUAGUCUCUUCCUCCCUCUCUAUUAUCAUUUUCGUAGUGAUUUUGACAUGUCCUGGUUGAUCUGCUUCCUGUUGGAUAAUACCUGGAUUUUUCUGAAGCCUUGAUUGUUUUUCUUUUUC